GCUGGGUGUCACGCUGACAGCGGGGUUUGUUUUGGGUUUUUUCAGCACCGGACAGCUCUCCGCCUGGCACCAUGAGCGCCGGUCGCAGCUGGAGGGGGGCGAGUGCAGAGAGCACGGCGGUCUCUCCUCAGCAUCCUCCCCACAGGUGUCACUGAGCCUCGAGAGAUGAGCAUACCGGAGUUCCUCCUGGAAGUGUCCAUUGUGGUCAUAUCUGUCGUGUCGCUGCUGACAAACUUGUCGGUGCUGCUAUGUUUCACCCAGAGCGCAGAGUUGCGCUCCCACGUGCCAGGGGUCUUCGUGCUGAAUCUCUCCUUCUCUAACAUCCUCCUCACUGUCAUCAACAUGCCGGCCACGUUCCUCGGGGUGGCCCGGAGCUCCAAGCCCUUCGGGGACUCGUUCUGCCACGCCGUGAGCUUCGCGGAGACCUUCAUCACCACUAACGCCAUGCUGAGCAUGGCGGCGCUGAGCAUGGACAGGUGGAUCGCGGUGGUCUUCCCUCUGAGUUACUCCAGCAAGAUGCGCUACAGGGACGCGCUCCUGAUCGUGGCUUACUCCUGGCUGCACUCGCUCACCUUUGCCCUGACUCAGCUGAUGAUGGACUGGGGAGGCUACAGCCACGCGUACGCGUCCUGCACGGUUCACCUGGGCGCCGGGAAGGCGCAGCAGCUGCGCGCGUACUCCGCCUUCACCGCGCUCUUCCACGGCAGCAGCUUCGCGCUCUGCCUCUUCGUCCUCUGCUUCGCCUACCUGAAAGUUUUGAGGGUGGCCAGGUCUCACUGCAAGAGGAUCGAUGUAAUCACAGUGCAGACUCUCAUUCUGCUGGUUGAUAUUCACCCAAGUGUGAAGGAGAGGUGUCUGGCCCAGCAGAAGAAGAGGAGGCAGCGCGCCAGCAAAAAGAUUUGUAUCUUCAUCGGCUCCUUCAUCCUCUGCUUCUCACCUUAUGUUGUGACGAGGUUGGUGGAGCUGUUUCCGUCCGUGCACAUCCCCCGGUACUGGGGCAUCGCCACCAAAUGCAUGUGCUACGCCAAGGCUUCCAGCGACCCGUUUGUCUACUGCCUCCUGCGGCAGCAGUACAGGAAGGUUCUGGUCAGCAUCAUCGGCCGCGUUAUGACAAAGGAGAAGUACUUCCUGUCGGUCCACAGCAGCAGCAGCAUGCUGGACGCCACGGACGACAACUGUCUCGCCAGGAUCACCUGA